AUUCUAUCUGGUGUCCAGUCGCAGUGCGCACGCGCAGCCCGGGUGACGAAGAUGGUGCUCAUCAAGGAAUACCGUGUAGUGUUGCCAGUCUCUGUGGAAGAGUAUCAAGUAGGGCAGCUGUUCUCUGUGGCCGAGGCCAGCAAGAAUGAGACCGGAGGAGGGGAAGGCAUCGAGGUGCUGAAGAAUGAACCUUAUGAGAAGGACGGGGAGAAGGGCCAAUACACACAUAAAAUAUACCAUCUAAAGAGUAAAGUCCCAGGUUACGUGAAGAUGAUUGCACCAGAGGGAGCUUUAGUUUUUCACGAAAAGGCUUGGAACGCCUACCCGUACUGUCGCACCAUUGUGACGAACGAGUACAUGAAGGACGACUUUAUGAUAAAGAUCGAGACGUGGCACAAACCUGACAUGGGAACAAUAGAAAACGUCCAUGACCUGGACGAGCAGACAUGGAGGACUGUGGAGGUGUCUCCUAUAGAUAUUGCGAACAAAGAAGAAGUUGCCCAAGGGGACUAUAAGCCAGAAGAAGAUCCUGCUCUUUUCCACUCGGCCAAGACGGGCAGAGGACCUCUCGGCCCUGAAUGGAAGAACGAGCUGAAGACAGACUGUCCCUACAUGUGUGCAUACAAACUGGUCACUGUCAAGUUCCGAUGGUGGGGUCUGCAGACCAAAGUGGAGAACUUCAUCCACAGGCAAGAAAAGCGUAUUUUCACCAACUUCCACCGCCAGCUGUUCUGCUGGAUUGACCGAUGGGUGGGUUUGACCAUGGAGGACAUCAGGCGGAUGGAGGAGGAGACCCAAAAAGAGCUUGAGGAGAUGCGUCAGAAGGGAGACGUGCGAGGCACCUCUGCGACAGACGAGUAGAGGCCCGUCGCUGUAGGUCAAACUCUAGAGGCAGGCUGACUGCGUAAUACAGGUCCGAUUCGAGGCACCAGUGCUGCUCAUGAGCAAUGAGGCAAAUCAACCAAACCCUGUCAUGAUGAUGUCAUCAGAGACACGUCCACCACGUUGAGGAAGUGGCCCUGACGUCCGUCGCCUCCUCUCUUCCUGUCUCCCGUGAUUCAUUGGGGGGGGGGUUUGACAAAGAUUGGUUUAACAGUACUGUACAGAUUCUACCCCAAUCACAAGCCUCCUGUUCACAACAGAAAAAAAAAAAACAUGGUUUUUGCAUACAUAUAAAAAGGAAGAAAAACAACAAAAAAACUCUUUGCACAGAACGUGAAAAAUUGCCUGAUGAUGUAAUUGUUAGUUGAUUAUUACAAUGGGCUUUGUUUUUAUUCAGGUGUGUAAAACCGUGACUCCGAAAGUCAAGCCUUUUUAAAUUAGAGUGUUUUUAGCUGUACAGGUUCCCAAAACAAUUGGUAUAAGAUGGCUUUAGAAGUUAAUGGACCAUUAACUCCCCACCUUCCCCUUGUAUUAGAACUGUCCGUCUCUACUUUUAGUCCUUGACUCUCCCCUCAGUAUCGUCUGUAUUCUUCUCCUGGUUAAAAAAAAAAAAAGUCUAGACCUCCGCCCCCCCUCCAGCGUGUUUGACUGUCCCCUUGGUCUGCCAGGCGGUUGGGAAUGUGUUCUUUCUUUCUUUUCUUUCUUUUUUAUAGUUUUAAUUUGGAGGCUAACGCCUGUUUCUGGUUCAAAGCUAAAUUGUAAUGCUCAUGCAUGAUCAAUAAUUCUCUGCUAUUGUUUCCCCUGGGCACGUGCACACAUUUCGACAUGCACAUCACCUCCUCCUCUUCCUCCUCUUCCUCCACCUUUUGUCACGAGCGCAUGUGACAACAGCAACUCAUCGCAUGUGUUUAGUCGCUGCAAUGCAGCUUUGCUCAAGUGGAUUGUUUGUGUGAAUUAGAAAGAGACCGAGAGAGUGUGAGUCUGUACAGUUGCACCUGUGUGUAGUGUGGGCAUUUGUGCGCUUGUUUGUGUUAUCAGCUGCCUUUGGCUCUCGAGAUGGAUAACGUUCAGCUUAACAUCGAGGCUGUCCCGCGUGGUCUCGGCACACAGCCGGCCUGUUGAUCUCGCCUAACGCUGUCGCUGCAUGUCCUUUUCUCCUUGGCUAGGGCUUGAACUGGAGGGCCCACACCAGCCAAGUGCUUUUUAAUUAACUCAAAAGAAGUGGGGAGGAGUCUGUGCAUCGCUUCCUCUCUCUCCUAACUGAGCAAAUGGUUCCAGGCAGAUCUGUGGUGUUCGCUGCAGUUGUGGAUUGACGAGCUUUUUGCGUUGUGUAGUUUUUUAUUUUCACCAUUUUUUUUUUCUAAAGUGAUUAAUCUACGUUUUACUCCCGAGAUAGUAUGAGGUCAGCCGGAAGCUUCUAGUUCAGGAGGAUGAACUUGGGUGAUGUAGUACCAGCCUUGACCUGAAAACAUCUUAAUCCUGCUCUCUUUCCUGCAUCACUUUCUUUUUUCUGGCUGCUUUGACUUGGAACAGUUCAUCUGAGCGAGCGCUCGGUUUCCCCGCGUUCACUUUGAGCGUAACGCGGGUCGCGUCGGGCUCUAGGUGAAGCGGUUGGGAUGUUUUGUAUGAUCAUGACGCAGCUGAGUGCAGCUGUGAUUCAGACUGUGUGUAUUCAGAUCAGGUAUGAGUGUCUCUUAGGUUUUGUCGUAACCUACUGUAUCUGUGCGUGGUGUGUGUUGGACAGGUUAAAA